AAGAGGCCCCUGGAAGGCCCCCUGAAGGAGGAGCUGGAAAGGGCUCUUGCCAGGGCUGAGAGAUUCACCCAGGAGUACAACAGCCUGCUAAAACGAUUCGAAGAAGAGAUGUUCAAUACCUCUAGUGUGCUGGACCUGUUCAACAAGCAAUUCGGCUGGGUGUCCUCUCUAGCGAACCACACCAAAAAUGAAGAUGGCUUCUUUAAAAUACAGGCUGUGAUGUCAAAAAGCUCUGAUAACGCAGAGAACCCAGGAGACACUAAAGUGUCAGUCAAACUGUUUGACGGGCCAGAUAUGAGCUUCACAGUGCCAGGAGACAUUCCUUGGAGCGACCCGAAAUUCUCAGAGGUGGUGGCACAGGAGGCUUUGGAUCGUUACAAACAGAACACUGUGGUCACAAACUAAACAUUCUGGAGGGCCGGCACUUCUGGUGAAGAAAAGAUAUUCUCUGAGAAAACUGUUGAGAAGAUG